CCGCCCGCCCGCGGGCCACCCCCCCUGCACCGCGCGAGCGAGAUCUCCCGCGCGCUCCGCCCCGCCCCCCCAUGGAUCUGCGCCGCUCGCGGUGCUCGCGGCGGCGCUCGCCGCCCUCGCCGGCGGCUGGUGGGGCCGCGGCGCGGAGGCGUCGAUCCACACGUACGACCGGGAGCCCUUCCGCGAGGUGGGCAACGCCUUCCUCCUCUCCGGCGGCAGCGAGGGCAUCGUCGCCGACGGGGCCGACCUGGCCGCCCCUCCCUCAUCCUUCAUCAAGUUUGUGAAUGUUACAUUCUGGAGAACCCCGGAAGCUGCGGAAUCACACACAAAAAUGGCACAUAGUACAGGCUUGGUACAAGCUAUUCUGUUUGAAGCCGCAGACAGGGAUAACAUCGGGGGAUCUGCCUAUGGGGGACAGAGGUCCAUAUGUUGUACCCCGGACCUCGCUAAACUAGAGGGCUGCAAGCAAGGAGAAGUAAUCAGAAGGCCAUCCUCUGAUGAUCCAGAUUGGCCCUAUGUGCUAGACACACACUUCAGUGCUAAUCACCUUUCAGUGAAGCUAGAAGAUGAGUCGGUGCGUGUUACAAAGACAGGCAUGUACAACUUGUUCUUCAUUUCCUGUGAUCCAAAACUGAGAGGCCUUACAAUGAGUGGGAAGACUAUCUGGAGGAAUCCUGGUGGGUAUCUACCUGGGAGAAUGGCUCCUUUGAUGAAAUUUUAUGUUCUCAUGUCGCUGGCAUAUCUGUUGGUAAUGAUUGUUUGGUUUAGCCAGUACAUAAGGUUUUGGAGGGAUAUCUUGCCAAUCCAGAAUUGGAUCACACUAGUCAUUGCACUUGGCCUGUUUGAGAUGACACUAUGGUACUUUGAAUACUUAAACUUCAACAGCAGUGGCGUGCGGCCAGUUGGAAUCACAACUUGGGUGGUCACUGUUGGAGCCAUCAGAAAAACAGUUUCGCGGCUACUGAUCCUUUCUAUCUCAAUGGGAUAUGGUGUUGUUCGCCCAACUUUGGGAGGUCUCACUUCCAAGGUGUUGCUUCUUGGACUCACAUAUUUCCUGGCAUCUGAGAUGCUGGACAUUGCAGAAAAUGUUGGAACAAUUAAUGAUAUAUCAGGCAAAGCAAGGCUUUUCCUGGUCCUUCCUGAUGCAUUUUUGGAUGCUUUUCUCAUACUUUGGAUAUUUACUUCUCUCUCGCGCACUCUAGAGAAGCUACAGGCAAGGAGGAGUUCCGUGAAAUUGGAUAUAUACAGAAAAUUUACAAAUUCACUGGCUAUUUCUGUGAUAGCUUCAGUUGCCUGGAUUGGUUAUGAGGUCUACUUCAAAGCAACAGACCCCUUUAGCGAGAGGUGGCAGAGUGCCUGGAUCAUAACUGCCUUCUGGGAUGUUCUCGCAUUCGUGUUGCUUGUUGUGAUCUGUUAUCUGUGGGCACCGUCACAAAGCUCGCAAAGAUAUGCAUAUUCUGGUGAAGCUGCUGACGAUGAUGAUGAGGAAGCUCAAUCCCUGACAAAGGGAGAUGGUGAAGUAGGGAUGGUAAAGAUAGACAAGGACAGGAACGUUGGUGUUAGCAAUGCUUACAGUUUGGAAGAUGAGGCUGAAGAGGACAAGAGGGAAUAGCAUUUUCUUGUUUCUUUUGGCUUAUGCCCAGGCCCCAGAAGACAAGUGAUUUAUUGGAGCAAGAAUGUUCCAAAGUUACUUCUUUGAUAAUUUUUAGCGGUUCAAUGCCCCUAUUACAAGGUUACAUAAGGCUGUUGAAGAAGUGCGCGAUUUUAUGCGUUACCGCAGGAGUAAUGGUUCGGGUUUGAUGUAGACUUCAGAUAGGAGGCUGAGAUGGUGCAAAUUAUUUAUGACAAUGUACAUAACUGUUUUGUUUGGUGGUUGCAUAUUCUCUGGUGCUUGAUCGCAUCCUGUAUGAAACUGGCGAACCGUGCAUUGACAGACUGGUUCCCCCUAAUUGAGUCGAAGGAUGCAAGUUUUCGUUAAGAA